AUGGCAGCCGUGCUGAAUGGAUUUAUAAGUCGAUCCUCAGAUCGUUGCAAGCCCUUCUUCAAAACUUUGAAGGCCAAGUUCUUCUGGGACAACGAAUGUGACCGUGCGCUGACGGAUCUAAAAGUGUACCUGUCCUCAACCCCUAUCCUUGUUACACCACAGCUGGGCGAAGAACUGUAUCUCUACUUAGCGGUCUCUCAACAUGCGAUGAGCGUGGUUUUGGUCCGUGCUGAAGGCACCCAGCACCUUCCCAUCCUUUACGUAAGCAAGACCUUGCUCCCUGCUGAAUUGAGAUAUCUGCCGCUAGAGAAAUUAGCCCUGGCCCUGAUGAUGGCUUCUAGAAAACUGGCACACUAUUUUCAUGCCCACACGAUAGUGGUGUUGACCGAGUUUCCACUCAAGGUGCUCUUUGCAAAGGCAGACUUUAUAGGGAGAAUUUUGAAAUGGGCCGUCAAAUUGGGGCAGUACGACAUUAAGUUCCAACCACGUACCGCGAUCAAGGCUCAGGCUCUUGCAGACUUUGUGGCGGAGUUUGCCCCUGGAAUGCAUCCGGUUUGCCCGGUUGAUUUGGCUACUGCGGAUUUGGCGCGGCCCAUGGUACAGGCAAUAGAGACAAGUGUUGGGUCACAAAUGGAAGAAGGACAAAUGGCAUCCGAACUGGAAAAGCCGGAUAACUUAUCGAAAGACAAGCCUAACCGAGGCAUGGAGAAAGACCAGAAUGAACCGACCGGAACCUUGGAGUUGAGGAGCUCCCAAAACCCAUCCGAUUGCUGGAAGUUUUUCAUUGGCGAGAUGUGGAAGCUCUUCGUCGAUAGGGCCUCCAACAGACAUGGCGCCGGGCUGGGUAUCGUGCUAACUUCCCCGGACGGGCUGAUUAUAGAGCAGGCAAUUACGCUCGGCUUCCCGGCGUCUAACAACGAAACGGAAUACGAGGCCCUCCUUGCCGGACUGAGGAGGGCGUUAAGAAUGAAACCAUCGGCUCUUAUGGUAUUCAGCGACUCUAAGCUGGUGGUCAAUCAGGUCUCUGGGGAGUAUGAAGCCAAGGAUGAAAGAAUGGCCAAGUAUCAGGCGCUGGUGCGCGCAGAAAUAAAGAAGUUUGCCUCAAUAAAAGUGGAACAAAUCAACCGUGAAGAAAAUAACACAGUUGACGAGUUGGCCGACCUUGCGUCCACGCAAACAGCUUUCCCCAAUCCUUUGAUGAUAAAAUUCCUACCUCAGCCAAGCAUAGAGGAACCAGAAGUGUCCGAGGUACUCUACACCGACCUGGGACCAUCCUGGAUGGACCCCAUCAUCGCCUUCCUAAAAGAUAGAAUUUUUCCAGAAGAGAAGAAGGCGGCCAACAAAAUCCUAGCCAAAUCAGAGCGAUUUUGGCGCUCUUCAUCUGGAGCCUUGUACAAGAAGUCUUUUACCGGGUCGUAUCUGAAGUGCGUCCCCCCCGACAAGGUUAAAGCUUUCCUUUACGAGAUCCAUGAAGGCAUCUGCGGGAGUCAUACUGAGGGUAGGUCUCUGGCUUACUGA